AUGCCUGGCCUGCAGGAUCUUCCCGCUGAACUACUCAAACAAACUCUGUUUUACUUCGUCCCGCGUGUGUCACCUCAGUGGGAGAUCUGGCAUGAAUUCCGCACGGGGCAGUUGAAACCGAACCCCAGUGAUGAAGAUGAAGAUGAAGAUGAGUAUGACGAAGAAAGCCUCGACUCACUAUACAAUAUUUGUCUAGUGUCGAAGAAGUUUCGCGAUAUUGCCCAACCUCUUCUAUUUUCGAACUUCGUCGAUGAUGGUGCUCUUGGUAACAUUUCGGAGACUGUCCGCUUCGCAAACUGCCUCUAUCGUUAUCCACAGCUCGGUCAAUUCGUUCAGGAGAUCACUAUGGGGAACCCGCUUAUAUUUGAUUCUGAAUCAGCCGAAGAAGACGAUUUAGAAUUAUCAGAAGAAGAAAUCCAGCUCUACACAGCACCAAUCAAAGCUCUUGGUCUUGGCAUCGAGGAAGAGAAAUGGAUUUCUGCUCUUAAAAACCGCGACAUCCUUGUUUUCGCCGCUUUGAUCGUCAAUAAAACUCCCAAUGUUCGUCGCCUGGUUCUACCGGGCACCAUAUCAUCCGUGAACCCUUUCCCAGAGCUCUUCCAACAAAACCCUUCAUUUCUUCGCAGGCUUGAAAAUCUCGGCCUGGCAGGCCUGAAGGAAUCUGAAGGCUACGAUUACGCAUCUUAUCACGAGUUUUUCGCCCUGCCUAGCCUGAAAAUUGUCAUGUUUGACAAUGGUGAUCUUCAGAAAAGGACAUGCCCAUCAACAUGGGAACCUCGGACAUUCAACAUAGAGGAACUCCUUUUCCGCGAUUCCGUGGUUGAUGCUGUGUCCCUCGGUAGGCUCAUUGGUGCAUGUAAGAACCUAAAGGCGUUCUUGCUCGACAACUUUAAAGCUCACCAAGAAUGGGUUGACCAUCCAAACGGAGGAUCGCUGUUCAACGCUGCGGAUGCCCAUCAAGCUCUCUUGGCGCAUAAAGACACACUUGAAAUUUCCCCAGAGAGGGGUCAUGAUCUGCAGGAUUGGCAGCGGUUCCUUUCUAGCCGUGCCAAAAUGGGAUCUCUGCGCGAAUUUUCGGUGCUUCGCGACAUUCGUCUUCAACAAGCGAUAGUCUCAGUCCACCCUCAAUUUCCACCGACGCUCAAAAGACUGUUUAUUACGGACUGCAACUCUUCUGUCAUCAAUCUAGUCAAGAAUAUCGCGAAGGAUACCAAGAAGGGUUUGUACCCAGACUUUAACGAGUUCAGGAUGCUUGCUGUUGAUAUCACACAACCCGUCCAGCUACCUGGCCAGAGAAUUCCAGAAGGCAAAACGCCAGAGCAAGCUCAUCAGGCUCUUGUAGAUCUAUUCAAAGGCACCAAGGUAGAUUUUUUCAUUGGGCCCUUCGAUAUGCCUAGUAUGGAUGAGCUCAUGAAUGGCUAUGACGAGGAUGAUGAAUUUGAUGAUGAGAUGGCCUAUGAUUCAGAGGGUUACGAAAUUGAAGAUCCAAUCAUGGAUGCAUUGAGGGGUAUGCGUUUGGGCGACGCUGGAGGCGGUGGACGUGGAGGUGGUCCCAACGGCCCGAUGCCUCCAGGACUUCUCGAAUAUUUCAUGCAACGCGCUAUGCAGGACCCUGACUUCGCACACUUGCAUCCACCUUCAAGGAGAAAUCGGUGA